AUGUCUGGAAAACCAGUUUGCAUCGCUGACUUUGAAGAGUAUGCUAAAAGAUUCCUCCCCAAAUCAGUGUAUGAUUAUUACCGUUCCGGAGCAGAUGACCAGGAAACGCUAGCGGAUAAUGUAGCGGCAUUUUCAAGAUGGAAGCUGUACCCCCGGGUGCUCAGGGACGUGUCGGCGAUGGACCUGUCAACCUCGGUCCUGGGGCAGCAGAUCAGCAUGCCGGUGUGCGUUGGAGCGACCGCCAUGCAGCGCAUGGCUCAUGCUGACGGAGAGACGGCGACAGCUAAAGCCUGCCAUGCAAUGGGGACGGGGAUGAUGCUGAGCUCCUGGGCCACCUCUUCGAUUGAAGAAGUGGCUGAAGCCGCUCCAGCUGGCCUUCGCUGGCUGCAGCUUUACGUGUACAAGGACCGCGAGGUUACCAAAUCCCUCGUGAAGCGUGCGGAGAGGGCAGGCUACAAAGGGAUCUUCGUGACGGUGGACACGCCCUUCCUCGGCAGGCGUGUGGACGACGUGCGCAACAAGUUCCAGCUCCCUCCCCACCUCAGGUAG